GGCGCUGAGGUUGGAGCAGCGGGCGCGCGUGUCCGCGGCUCCUGCGCGCACCGCUCCCGGCCCGGCUGCAGGGGCACAGCGGGGCCGAGCCCAUCCCGGGGCUGCGGCGGGGAGGAGCCAGCGCCGCACCGAGCCCAGCGCCGGGUCCCGCACUGCUCCCGCACGGCUCCAACCCCUUCCGGCUCCGGCACCGCUCCAGCCCCGGAGCGGCCCCGCAGCUCCCGUUGCGCCGCCCCUGCCCUUCCCCGGGACCCGGCGUGGCGGCGGCAGGAAGGAGGAAGGAGGGAGAGCGACCUGCUCGGCGGUCGUGCCCAGGAGACAUUGCAAUGUCUGAAGCCUCAAGUGGAUGUGUCUAGCAUCCUCCUGCCUCUCUUUGCAACUGAAAGCAGCCUCCAGCCUCCCUUCCCACCCCCGGGCAGACACCCCAGCCCUCAUUCCAGGGCUCCGCCGCCCCUCGCAGCACGAGCCACCAUGAACAAGAUGAAGAACUUCAAGCGGAGGUUUUCGCUCUCGGUUCCCCGCACUGAGACCAUCGAGGAGUCGCUGACGGAGUUCACGGAGCAGUUCAACCAGCUCCACAACCAGAGGAAUGAAGACCUGGGUCAAGGGCACCUGCAGCUGGGACACCUUGGCCGGGACUUGCGAGCAGACACCAGCCCCAUCUCCCCAUCCGAGGGGGAAGGCCAGACCCCGAUGGCCGUGCGCUACCGCAACAGCGCCCAGCGCCGCUUCUCCAUGGAGGAUGUCAGCAAGCGCCUCUCCCUGCCCAUGGACAUCCGCCUGCCCCCCGAGUUCCUGCAGAAGCUGCAGAUGGAGAGCCCGGAGUUCCCCAAGCCCCUCAGCAGGAUGUCCCGGCGGGCUUCCCUCUCAGAUAUUGGGUUUGGGAAGCUGGAAACCUACGUUAAACUGGACAAACUGGGAGAGGGCACUUACGCCACUGUCUUCAAGGGGCGCAGCAAGCUGACCGAGAACCUCGUUGCCCUGAAGGAGAUCCGCUUGGAGCACGAGGAAGGGGCACCGUGCACGGCCAUACGGGAAGUGUCACUGCUGAAGAACCUGAAGCACGCCAACAUCGUCACCCUGCACGACAUCAUCCACACGGAGCGGUCCCUCACCCUCGUCUUCGAGUACCUGGACAACGACCUCAAGCAGUACCUCGAUAACUGCGGGAACCUGAUGAGCGUGCACAACGUGAAGAUCUUCAUGUUCCAGCUGCUGCGGGGUCUGGCUUAUUGUCAUGGCAGGAAGAUCCUGCACCGAGACCUCAAACCCCAGAACCUGCUCAUCAACGAGAGAGGGGAGCUCAAGCUGGCUGACUUUGGACUAGCCAGAGCCAAGUCAGUCCCUACGAAGACGUAUUCCAAUGAGGUGGUCACACUGUGGUACCGGCCCCCUGAUGUCCUGCUGGGAUCUACCGAGUAUUCCACACCCAUCGACAUGUGGGGCGUUGGGUGCAUCCACUACGAGAUGGUCACCGGGCGGCCGCUGUUCCCCGGCUCCACGGUGAAGGAGGAGCUGCACCUCAUCUUCAGGCUGCUGGGAACUCCAACGGAAGAGACCUGGCCCGGGAUAACGUCCAAUGAGGAGUUCAAGGCUUACAAUUUCACACAGUACCGAGCGCAGCCGCUAAUAAAUCACGCCCCAAGGCUGGACUCGGAAGGCAUUGACUUGCUGAUGAACCUGCUUCUGUACAAAGCCAAGGGCCGGAUCUCGGCGGAGGCAGCCCUGCGGCACCCGUACUUCAGGAGCCUGGGGGAGCGGGUGCACCUCCUGCCCGACAAUGCCUCCAUCUUCUCCCUGAAGGAGAUCCAGCUUCAGAAGGACCCUGGCUACCGAGGCUCAGCCUUUCAGCAGUCAGCCCGAGGGAAGAACAGGAGGCAGAGUAUAUUUUAAACUUGGAUCCCGUGUUCCCUCGUCACCAUGGAGAUCAGAGCACUGAGAAAGGAGACGGCAGCUCCCACCCGACCCACCGCACAGUUACUGACUCCAGCAGGACCAUGCUGAAGCGCCCUUGGCCUUAGGCUCUCCCCUGCCUGUCCCCACCACCACAGCCCCUAAUAGUUGCUGUUGAGGAACCUGUUGCCUUUCUCCCCUCUUGUUGUCAUGUUACCCCCAUCAGACGUGACCUGCACGUGAAGCACAAAACCCAGGGCAGCCCUCCCUGGUUUGCCCUUGCCUCUCUAAAAUCCCUUUUUCCCUCUCCAUCUUUUGUACCCGAAUCCCGACGAGGAUGGAGGGGCCUUCCCACUGCUUCCCCCAGCAUCUCCCCCUCCUUGCCUCCAUUGUGUUCCCAAAGUCAGUCAGCUGGAUGCUCCCUAAGGAUGUCCUGAGCUGUGAGAGCAAGGCCUGGCUUAUCCUGCCUGGGGAGCAGAUACCUGGUGGUGGGGCUGUGCAGAAGUGGAGCCUGAUGUUGGCUCUGUGCUGCCUCCAAGGCCUUCAUCCAGCCCUUCCCAAGCACCGACGGAGCGGCCCCUUCCUCCUCUGGGAUCCUGCUGCCCCAGCACCCUCUGUGCCAGCGUCCCGAGGGGCAGGACACGGCUCCCAGCCAGCAUCUCCCCCCGUGCUGAGCAUCCUCUGCACAGCAGCGUGUUGCACACACCCACCCCAGUGCAGCUCUACCCAGAGGAAGGGGGGAGAGGUGCCAACCCUCCCACAGCUCAGCUGUGGGUACCAGAAAUAGACCCGCGGAGAAGCAAAUCCUCCCUCAAACCUCUCUGCCUGGCCUCUGUGUUUGCAGCCAGCACCAGAUCGUACCAGCCCUGACUCAGACCGAUGCUGUGUGAGCGGGAUGUGCGCUUAGGUAUGGUAUGAACGGGCUUUGCUGGCUGAGGACUGCUCCUGGUGUGUUUUGCCCUCGGUACUUCGGAACGUGCCAAAUCCAUCCAAGCGAAGCGGCCCCUGCUGCACCUCUCCCCCACAGCCCGCAAACAGCAUCAAACGUCUGCCAGUGCGUGAGCGUUGUCUCCCUGCUGUGUAACAUCCACAUCCCUGCUCUGGCUGGCUCCGCUCACUGGGCCUCUCGCCCACCUCCAUCCUCCAGCCAUGGAUGUGGACAGGACACCGGGGACUUGGCGGGUGCUGUGACCAUCACCUGGUGCUGGGACUGGCAGGACACGCCGAUGCCUUCAUCCCUCACGCUCUCCCUGCCCUGUUCCCAGGGGGUGAGGGCCGGUUUCUGCUCUGCUCCGUGUCGUUUGCUCUGUGAUCCUUGGAAAAUGCAAAGUGUGAGGAUAAACGUGGAGACCCUGGAGGUCCCCAAAGCUUC